GUACGGGGCGUAGAAUCGGGCUCUUUUUUUUUGCGCGCAGUGGUGGUGUGUGUUUUCGAAUACCUUCUCGUCCAUUCUGUCAGAGGAAAAGUGUCAGUGUCAAACAGUGAGUGAGGAAAAAGACUUUGUGAGAAUCGCGCAUUUUGGACGGAUUUUUAUUUGGGUUGAUUUUUUUCUGAUUGUUUUCGCAGGAUUCGUUGUGUGUGGAGUGUGACAGGUUGCAAGAACCGGAAGUGGCAACCGACCAAAAUAGUUCCGUCGUCGCUAGAGGAACAAGGAAGAGAAUUACUCACUGUGGAGGAGGUGGGGCAGAAGUCAGAAGGAGGAAGUGAUUUGCUGCAGUGAAGAGUUUCAGCUUUGGCUAAAUAAGGAAGAAUAAUCGCGAGCGGGAGGAAAUUGCGUUGCAAAUCCGUUUGUGUCUGUCCCCGUGAAGGUGUGAAUCGGCCUCGCUGGAAGAAUUGGGUUCCCGAGAGUUGAAGAAAAGUGCAACAAACGCGACGACGACGUCGUUUUCAUUCGUCUGUGUGUGUGGACGGCGAAGAGGUUCAGGUUUCUUUUUCUGGAUAUUUUUGUCCCCUCUCCGGCGGGAGUGCUUGUCUGUGUGUGUGUGUCGUUAGUGUCGUGUCGUGGCCCGUGUUGUGGUCUCUCCGCUAAGGAAAACAAAAAGAAAAUAAGUCCAAAAAACCCCGCGAGCUGAACCUACUCUCUCUAGCCUGCUGACCAAGAAGGACGGAGGCCGCAAAGGGUCGGUUCUCGCACCAGCAGCAACAGCAUCAUCACCAGGCUAAAAAUAAGGAAUGUAAAGCAAAUUUGGAGCAGCCUGUUUUCGAGGGAAAUAGAACCAAACGCACACAAUCACAGACGAACGCACGCACGCACGAAGCUCGUGAGCGCGUUCUGACUUUCUGGCGGCGGUGGCAAAUUAUGAUCGUGCGACGGAAGAAGAAUUGUAGUCCGGUAAAGUGAACAGCAGCAUCAGGAAGUGGAUCGGUGUGUGUCUUGGAGAGUGGAUUUCCCGGGAAAAGUGUCUGCAGUAGCAGAAGCCGCCGCUGACGGUGGUGGUGGGCUUGGUGUGGUGGGUGACACAAGAUUGACACACACACGCACAUAAUGCUGGCGCCGGGAAUCCGGGUCGUCCGGGGCCCCAACUGGAUCUGGCAGAACCAAGAUGACGGUGAAGGACACGUCGGAACGUUGUGUGAAAUAGGUCGAUCCGGGUCGACCCACUCGCCGGAGAAGACCGUCGUCGUGAACUGGGACUCGGGCCAUCGGACCAACUACCGCGUUGGCUACCAGAAGCAGUACGAUCUGAUCGUGGUGGAUAACGCCCAGAUCGGGGUCAAACAUCCGAACAUAAUCUGCGACGGCUGCUCGAAGCCGGGCAUCGCCGGAAUACGGUUCCACUGUGCGGACUGCUCCAACUACGAUCUGUGUGCCACGUGCUACGGGAACGACAUCCACGACCUGGAGCACUCGUUUGUGCGGUAUCAGACGGCCAAUUCCGUUGGAGUUCGCGUUCCGCCCCGCCAGGGAGCGCUCAAGAUCCAGCUGAAGGGCAUCUUCGUGGGAGCACGUGUGGUCCGAGGUCCCGACUGGGAAUGGAAUAACCAGGACGGUGGUCCGAACAAGACGGGGCGUGUUAUGGAAAUUCGUGGCUGGGACAACGAAUCCUGUCGAAGUGUAGCGAACGUGUCGUGGGCAUCCGGCUCGACCAACGUGUACCGGCUCGGCCACAAGGGCAACGUCGAUCUGCGGUACGUGCAGCCGGCGGUCGGAGGCUACUACUACAAGGACCACAUGCCAGUGCUGGGUCAACCCGAGGAGCAGCAGCCGGUGUCGCCGCCGGUGCGCUCGCAUUUUAACGUCGGCGACCGCGUCCAGGUGGCCAUCCCGGAGGAACGCCUCAUGGUGCUGCAGCAGGGCCACGGCGGCUGGAACCCGCGCAUGGGCGAGUAUCUGACCAAGAUCGGCAUCGUGCACCGCAUCACGGACAAGGGCGACAUCCGGGUGCAGUACGAGGGCUGCGCGAACCGGUGGACGUUCCACCCGGCCGCGCUGGUUAAGAUUUACAGCUUUAACGUGGGUGAUAUCGUGACUUUUAUUACGGACGCCGGGAAGAUGCAGCAGCUGCAGAAGGGCCACGGCGAGUGGGUCGAAACGAUGCACCACGUGCUGGGGAAGUCGGGAAAGGUGAUCAAGAUCUACGGGGACGGGGACUUGCGGGUGCAGCAGCUGGACGACGAUUUGGCGUGGACGGUGAAUCCGAAGUGCGUGAAGCUGGAGCGGGCGCUGAUUUCGCAGGCGACGGCCACGGAGCGGUCGAACAGCAUGAUGGACCUGAGCAAUCAGCGCACGAACGAGCACCACAUGACGCCGCUGUCGGGGCUGUCGGGGACGUCGGCGGCGGAUAGGUUGGUGCGGGAGGCCGCCCAAGGGAAUAUGGACUUUGUGCAGAAUUAUCUCAGUGCCAAUCAAGAGGAAGUGGACUGCGUGAGCGGUGGCAAGACGUGUCUCCAGGUGGCGGCCCACCAGGGUCACGUGGAGUUGGUGAAGCAUCUGUUGGCGCUCGGGUCGAACGUGAAUGUGGUGGACAAGGAGGGCGAUUCGACGCUGCACUAUGCGGCGUUCGGGAACCAGCCGGAGAUUAUGCGGAUCUUGCUGCAGCACAACGCGAAUAUUGACGUGCUGAACUCGUCGCACUGUUCGGCGUUGCACAUUUCGGCGCACAAGAAGCCGCCGCACUGCGUGAAGGUGCUGCUGGAGUUUGGGGCGAAUGUGAACGUGCAGGACGCGUACGGGGACACGGCGUUGCACGAUGCGAUCGGGAAGGAGAACACGGAGGUGGUGGAGCUGUUGUGCAACUGUUCGACGCUGGAUUUGACGAUUAGGAACAAGCGCGGGUUCAAUGCGUUGCACCAUGCGUCGUUGAAGGGGAAUGUGCACGCGGCGCGGAAUAUUAUUCGGUUGGCGCGGCAGUUGGUGAAUGUGCGGAAGGACGAUGGCUUUUCGGCGUUGCACUUGGCCGCGUUGAACGGGCACUCGAAGGUGGUUGAGGUGUUGGUGAAGGAGGGCCAGGCGGAUAUUAACAUUAGGAAUAAUCGGAGGCAGACGCCGUUUUUGUUGGCCGUUUCGCAGGGUCACACGGCGGCGAUUGAGAAGUUGGUCGAGUUGAAGUGUGACAUUGCGGCGAAGGACGAGGACGGGGACAAUGCGAUGCAUUUGUGCAUUAUCAAGAAGGCGAAUCUGGUGCAGGACGUUUCGGCGUCUGAGUCGCCCAAGAUUUACGAGAUGUUUGUGUCGUUGGCGUCGGUUAUCAACGAGAAUCGGCUGAUGUACGCGUUGUUGUGCUUUUUGGCGAAGGAGGGUUGUCCGUUGGAUGUGAACUUUAAGGGCGCGAGGGUUUUGGAUUGGAUUCCUAGUCAACAGAUCAAGGAUAUUAUCGUGGGCUAUGAGAGGGCGCGGAUUGCUAGGGAAAAGGCGCUGGCGGCGAUUCCUCCGGCCACGGAUCGAUCGCUGAAUAAUUCUCGGGAAGAGGAGGACGAUCAGCCGAUGAAUCAUUUGGUGGCGAACAUGGAAGCUGUAAGUAUGACCGCCAGUAACAAUUUGGACGAGAGUGAGGGGAACAACGCGGCCGUUCCGGAGGGUGCGGCAAGUCCCGGCACGAGUGGCCUCGGCCAGUCGAAUCCCCCGACUCCGGCACGCAGAAAUCGCGGUCACAAUCGGGAAGCGGCCAUCGGAACGCCUCCGCCGAUCCCGAGCCACCAUCCGAACGUGACUGCGCACGAGCCGGACGAGUCCAAACGCAUGAACAUCGAACCAACGAACGCACCGCUCAGCGAUCCAGUGUCCACCCCGUUAGAUAGCCCAGCCCGUUUCCAAUCACCAAAUCGAGCCUUAUCGCCGACCAUGGUGGCAGCGGCCGCCGCCGCCGAAUCCGGCAGCAGUUCAUCGAAGCAUAUCAGCCGACGGCAGUACUCGGACAAAAACGCGCCACCGCCGCCACCUUCAUCGUCCUCGUCGGCCCCCAGCAGUCCCCCCGUGGUCAGCACCAUCCCGCAGGAGUGCAUCGUGUGCAACGAGCAGCUCAAGCUGAUCGUGUUCGAGCCCUGCCAGCACCAAAUCACCUGCGAAGAGUGCGGCGUCCGGAUGAAAAAGUGUCUCUCCUGCGGCAUGUACAUCGAGCGACGGCUCACCGUGACCGGGAAGCCGCUGCUGAACCCGAAGGAAGCGGCCCGGCAACCCUCGGCCGACCGGCUGCGCUACCUCGAGAGCAAAAUCAUGGAGAUUGAGGAAACGCACUGCUGCAGCAUCUGCAUGGAGCGGCGCCGCAACGUGGCCUUCCUGUGCGGCCACGGCGCCUGCUCCAAGUGCGCCGAGACGCUCAAGAUCUGUCACAUGUGCCGCAAAACCAUCACCAAGAAGAUCAACCUGUACUAAGGCGCAAGGCAAGUUACCAAAAGAUCUUUACUUCCUGUCGUUUUAUCUAAACACACACAAACACAUUUCUCUGUGCGCUUCUGUGUACGACGCUCCGGAAGCGGAGCCGAAUCCCGUUUUUACAGUAGAUAGUAUUUUCCUAACAAAAUGUUUCCUUUCUUGCUACCAAAAAAGAAAAAAAAACGACAUCGCGCUAUCGUAAAGUGUAAAUAAGCCAAUCUUUAAGAGAAAAACAAAACAGAAAAAAGUCUAAUAAGUGUAUUUAUGUGCAUGUUCUUCCAAAUCCUACAAAAGAAAAACUUACAAAAAUUCGAAUGUGAAUCUAAAUGCUAAAAAAACAAAAACAAAAAAAAAACAUGCUAAACGAGGCGACUUGGCCCCAAAAACCUGACUGAUUUGCUUGUUGUUAAAUUGGAGCACACGCACGCGCCGUUCUUUACUGCACCUUCUCCCCCCUAAUAAACCGUUACAAAACGUUGCACCGCCAGCGCACCUCUCGCCAUCGCGUUACUUCAUUCUGUCCUGUCUGUCUUUCUUCAGUGUUUCUAUCAGUUAACCGAACCGUAUUUAUUUCGUUCUCGUCGUCCCUCUCUGUCGUGUGCGUAAGCUGAACAAAAAAGAAGAAUCAUAUUUAGACAAAAAAAAACAGAGUACCGCGUUUGUUAGUUGAAAGUGAAGAAGAAGAAACCCCAAUACAUUUUUUCAUAUAUUUGUAGUUUUUUUGAUUGCAACAUACACGUGUUUUUUUGUAUUAAGGUGAUUACCGAUAUUGACGCGAGCUAAACGAACAACAAUGUUUAUUUGUGGAAUAUUGCAAAAUUUUUAAUAUAUAUAUUGUAUAUCGAAGAGAGCAAAAAGAAGCCGGGAGAAAAAUCUAAAGAAAAAAAAAACGCGCGCGCACUCGAUUGUUAUUAUUGAUGAUAAAGAAAAAAUGUGAAGAAAAAAAGUUGUUUGUACGCACAUAAGACAAAAAAAAGAAAGAAAAAGCAUACACACACACAUUAAUAAACUGAUAUUUAUUUCAUUGUAUCAAAAAAAUAAAAAAAAAUAA